AUGGCCAUUAUUUUGAGGUUUUUUGAUUGUCAAGGUUUUAUUCGAGAACGAUUUUUUAAGAUUGUGAGUGUUCCUAACACUACCUCACAAACUCUUAAAGAUGAGAUUUCUAAAGUACUUACUAUGUACAAUCUUCAAGUGAGAAAUAUGCGCGGUCAAGGAUAUGAUGGUGCUAGCAAUAUGAGAGGUAUUUAUAAUGGGUUACAAGCAUUGUUUCUUCAAGAGUGUCCUUAUGCUUAUUAUGUGUAUUGUUUUGAUCACCGCUUGCAAUUGACAUUGAAUGCUACAGCUAAAGGGGUGUAUGAGAUUUGGCAAUUUUUUUCAACUUUAAGUUUAAUUGUGAAUUUUGUUGAUUCUUCUGCUAAGCGUCAUUCUGCAUUACAAGCUGUGAGAAAGGAAGAAAUUGCAGAUUUGAUAGCUUGUGGCCAACUUCAAACAGGUAUUGGUGCUAAUCAAGUUUGUAGUUUUCAACGAGCUGCUGCUACACGCUGGAGCUCACAUUUUCGUUCAAUUAAGAGUUUGAUUGAAUUGUUUAGUUCAACAAAAAAAACUCUUGAUGAUAUAAUUGAGCAAGGACCCUUGGAAUUGCAAGGAGAAGCUGUGGCUGUUCUUAAAGCGAUGAGGUCUUUUGAUUUUGUGUUCUGCUUGCUUCUAAUGCACAAAUUGAUGAAAAUUACUGAAGUUCUUUGUCAGACAUUGCAGCGAAAAUCUCUUGACUUCGUACAUGCUAUGAAGUUUGUUGGACAUACAAAAUCAUUUCUUCAAGAGAUGAGAGAAGAAGGGUGGGAUGACUUGUUGAGUGAGUUGAAUAGAAGAUUCUCAGACCAAACAUCUGAACUUCUUAUAUUUAGUUCAACCUUGGAUCCUCGUGAUAACUUCAGAAAUUUUAAAAUUGAAGAUGCAUGCAAUCUUGCAAAGAAGUUUUAUCCUGAAGAUUUUGUUGAUAAUGAAAUGUUUGCUCUAGAAUUAGAGUGUGCAUAUUAUGAGAAAGAUAUGCGUAGUGAUCCAAAGUUCCAAAAUUUGGAAUCCAUUUCUGAUUUGUGCAGAAUGUUGGUUCAAACAAGGAAGUUAGAAUUUUUCCCUAUGCUUUAUAGAUUGAUUUGUCUAGUUUUGACUAUGCCUGUUUCUACGGCGACCACUGAAAGAGCAUUUUCAGCUAUGAACAUCAUUAAGAAUAGACUUAGAAACAAGAUGGAAGAUGAGUUUCUUGGUGAUUGUAUGGUCCUUCACAUUGAGAAGGAAUAUGCUGAAUCUAUUGACAAUGAAUCGGUGAUCAAAGAGUUUGAAGCUUGUGGAACUCGCAGAGUUAGAUUUAGUUAG